GCGAGAGCCGUCGACCGAGAGUGCAGCCGCGUCACCGGGAGAGUUGGAGCGCUUUCACGACCGGCUCCUCGCCUUGACUGUUUUUCAAGCUUCGUCGAAGCUGCAUCGAACACAUCGAUUGUAUGCUACAUGUCGUCAUUGGUUCCUUCUCGUUAUUUUGAAAUUUUAGAACACCUCGGAGUCGGUCAUCGAAGUCACGAAGGAUUUGCUUUUUUUUCUUCGUCUAUCCUAAACCAGGAUCAAGGCCAUCACUUUGGGCUUUCGGUCUACCUGUGUGGCCAAGCGAGCAACGAGAUUUAGUACGCGGCUACGCAGCGAGAUGGUGCGGCUUCCAAACUCAUACUCAAAACCCCAAUCUGGCCAGACCCUGAGACGGAUGCUGAUCUUGUGUGCAGUUGACGUUUGGAUUUAUGGUGUGGUCGGUCACAGUCGGAUACACGAACGGCCCGCCAAUAAGGAGCAGCCCUACGCCUCAAUUGUGUACACAGCCGUGGCAGGCGGGAAGGCGGCGCUACCAUGUGACAUCAGCUCUCCGACACCGGAUGAUUCGGCGACUCUGGUGCUCUGGUACAAGGACAACAACAUAGCCCCGAUAUUCACGCUCGACUCACGGCACAGAAGACUCGAUCACGUACGCCGCUCUUUACCCGAGGACUUUGAACGACGGUUUCUUUUCGAUAUGGGCCACUCACCAGCCCACCUGCAGAUCGACUCCGUGCAGGAAGCUGACGCCGGGGAAUACCGCUGCCGCGUUGACUUUCGCCAAGCCCGCUCGGUGAAUACCGUCAUCACACUUAGAGUGAUCGUGCCACCAGGUAACCCGAUAAUUAUGGACGAAGAAGGACGCAAGCUGGAAGGUCUAGUGAGACGUUUCAGCGAAGGACAAAAACUCAGGCUUCUAUGCGAGGUCGAGGGAGGCAAGCCUCGUCCAGUGGUAACCUGGUGGCGUGACAAACUACUCGUGGACUCGGACUUCAGCUUCGUAGACGGUGGUAAUAUCGCUCGAAACUGGCUCGAUAUCGCUGAACUGAAGCGGUCGGACUACCUCAGCGUGCUCACCUGUCAGGCAGCAAACAACAACGGCACCGUGGCUGUGUCGCGAUCCGUCACCUUGGACAUCAACCUGAAUCCACUGGACGUGUCCAUCCAGCCCCCGCGCAACCGUCUGUCAGCAGGCUAUCUGUCGCAUCUGGUGUGCUCAUCGAGCGGCUCACGUCCUCCAGCCCUGCUCACCUGGUGGAAAGGAGGCGAGCAGCUGUUCUCAGCCCACGAGCACACGAGAAGCCACGAUGAUACCAGCUCCAGCAUUCUUCACUUUACGCCGCAACGGGACGAUGACGGAGCAGUCCUCUCUUGCCGGGCGGAGAACACUUUAAUACCGGGCAGUGCCAUCGAACACGGGAUGAAGCUCGAUAUCCUAUACAAGCCACAAGUGUUACUACGGCUGGGCCACAACCUCCAAGAAGACAACAUCCGAGAAGGCGGAGACGUCUACCUGGAGUGCGAAGUGGACGCCAAUCCGUCAGCUAGCGAGGUCACGUGGCUGUUUGAUGACGAUGAAGUCAUUACGAACACCAGCGCUGGAGUCAUCGUCAGUAGUCGUUCGCUGGUGUUGCAGAAGGUGCACCGUUCGCGCCGGGGACGGUACGCCUGCGUCGCCAUCAACUCAGAGGGCCGCAGCACAAGCAACAUCUUCCUGUUGCGAAUUAAGUAUGCACCCAUGUGCAAGCCUGGCCAAAAGCACAUGUAUGGCGCGUCGCAAAAUGACUCGGUGUCAGUACACUGCGAAGUUGAAGCAGAUCCUGUGGACGUGACAUUCCAAUGGCGCUUCGACAGCUCCGUGAGUGGAAAGCGCCUAGAGCUAACCCGAUUCAGUCAGAAGCUGACGCGGAGUGUGGCCCUGCAUACGACGCUGAACGAAGAUGACUUCGGCUUACUGCUCUGCUGGGCCACUAACGAGAUUGACAGACAAAGGAAGCCCUGCGCUUUUGCCGUUGUUAAAGCUGGUCCUCCGGAGCCCGUGAGGAACUGCAGUCAAGACAACGGCACCUCGAACUCGGUGUCAUUCGAAUGCGCGCAAGGGCUCUGGGAUGGUGGCAUGCAGCCCGUGACCUUCGUGGCUGAGCUUCGAGACGCUGACACCAAUAGGCUAGUGGCUAAUGCCUCAUCCACCUCAAGGCCGGCGUUUUCCUUCAACGACCUCGAGGAGGGCGCCACUUUCCGUGUUGUGCUCUACACCACGAAUCCCAAGGGGCACAGGAAACCCGUGGAUUUCUUCGUCAGCACCAUCCGAUCUGCCGAAACGGUGUCCCCAGCAGAAGAACUGAAUGUGACAACCACUGGGAACAUAGUUGGCGCACUGCUGGGUAUGAUUGCAACGCUUGUUAUCGCCGCAGUAUUCAUGGUGCUCUUUGCCCGGAAUAAGCAUCGCCUAAGAGAACAAGAUCUACCCAAAGACCAUACAGAUGAAAAGUGA